GCUGGAGCAGCGAUCCCGUCCGAGCUGUACCGGGGCAAUGAGCGCUCCGUGCCGGCCCCCUGCCAUGGAAGGCCUGUGACUCACCUGUUCAUCCUGGGAAGGACAAUGGGUGCAGCAUCCCUCAGCACCAGCAAUGACUGAUCUCACAGCGCCCACCUCCCCGACCCGGCCGGCAGCAUGGAGCAGCCCGCGGCGGAGAGCCGCGGCCCCCUGGACAGCCUGAGGGUCCCCUUUCCCCGAGCGCCGUCCCCGAGAGCAGCACGGCGGCGGGUCCCGGCGCCGAGCCCACCGGCAAGGAGUGGGUGGCGAGAUCCCGCUGGACAUGCGGUUAGGUGGUGGACAGCUGGUGUCUGAGGAGCUCAUGAACUUGGGUGAGAGUUUCACGCAAACGAACGACCCGUCUCUGAAGCUCUUCCAGUGCGCUGUGUGUAACAAGUUCACUACAGAUAAUUUGGACAUGUUGGGCCUCCACAUGAAUGUGGAGCGAAGCCUCCCCGAGGACGAAUGGAAGGCGGUGAUGGGGGACUCGUACCAGUGCAAGCUCUGCCGCUACAACACACAGCUCAAGGCCAACUUCCAGCUCCACUGUAAGACAGACAAGCACGUGCAGAAAUACCAGCUGGUGGCACACAUCAAGGAGGGGGGCAAAGCCAACGAGUGGAGGCUCAAGUGUGUGGCCAUUGGGAACCCGGUCCAUCUGAAAUGCAACGCGUGCGACUACUACACCAACAGUCUGGAGAAGCUGCGUCUUCACACCGUGAACUCGAGGCAUGAGGCCAGCCUGAAGCUCUAUAAGCACCUGCAGCACCACGAGAGCGGGGUCGAAGGUGAAAGCUGCUACUACCACUGUGUCCUCUGUAAUUACUCCACCAAGGCCAAACUGAACCUCAUCCAGCACGUGCGCUCCAUGAAACACCAGCGGAGCGAAAGCCUCCGGAAGCUGCAGCGCCUACAGAAAGGUCUUCCUGAAGAAGAGGAGGAUCUGGGGCAGAUCUUCACCAUCCGGAAGUGUCCAGCUGCCGAGGCCGAAGAACCCAGUGAAGAUGUGGAAGGACCCAAUGAAACAACCGGUGAUGCUGAGGAGCCUGCCAAGGAGCAAGAGAGUGGAGGGGACAAGGACCAGAGUAAAUGGACAGCACCAGCCAGCCAGGCAGAGAAGGAGCUGACGGAGCCUCCAGCGUCCUCUAAGCGGAUAUCGUUUCCCAGCAGCUCUGAGUCACCUCUCUCCUUUAAAUGGUCGAAAACUUCAGAGGAGACCAAAUCAGAGCAGAUGUACCAGUGUCCGUAUUGCAAGUAUAGCAACACAGACGUGAACCGGCUGCGGGUGCAUGCCAUGACCCAGCACUCUGUGCAGCCCAUGCUCCGCUGCCCACUCUGCCAGGACAUGCUGAAUAACAAGAUCCACCUCCAGCUGCACCUCACCCACCUGCACAGCGUGUCACCUGACUGUGUCGAGAAACUCAUCAUGACGGUGACAACCCCUGAGGUGAUGAUGCCCAGCAGCAUGUUCCUCCCAGCAGCUGCUCCAGAGAAGGAUGGUAACUCAGGCACUGAGGAGCUGGGGAAGCAGCCUGAGAUCUCUGAGGACACAGGGAAGAACCUUUUGCCAUCAGACAGUGCAGAGCACAGCGGGGACCCCAAGCCUGCUCCAGCUGAUCCGAGCGCUGCCCGGGAGGACUCUGGCUUCCUGUGCUGGAAGAAGGGCUGCAGCCAGGUGUUCAAGAGCUCAGCAGCCCUCCAGACACACUUCAACGACGUCCACGCCAAGCGGCCUCAGCUGCCGGUCUCUGACCGCCACGUCUACAAGUACCGCUGCAACCAGUGCAGCCUGGCCUUCAAAACCAUUGAGAAGCUGCAGCUCCACUCCCAGUACCACGUCAUCCGGGCAGCCACCAUGUGCUGUCUCUGUCAGCGCAGCUUCCGAACCUUCCAGGCCCUGAAGAAGCACCUGGAAACCAGCCACCUAGAGCUGAGCGAGGCCGACAUUCAGCAGCUGUAUGGUGGUCUCUUGGUCAACGGAGACCUCCUUGCUAUGGGUGACCCUUCACUUGCAGAGGACCACACAAUAAUAGUUGAGGAAGAUAAGGAGGAGGAGAGCGACCUGGAAGAUAAGCAGAGCCCAACAGGUAGCGAUUCUGGUUCCGUGCAGGAGGACUCUGGCUCAGAACCAAAAAGGGCCUUACCCUUCAGGAAGGGCCCUAACUUCACUAUGGAGAAAUUCCUAGAUCCGUCUCGCCCAUACAAGUGCACAGUCUGCAAGGAAUCCUUCACACAGAAGAACAUUCUCCUGGUCCAUUACAAUUCCGUUUCUCAUCUGCAUAAACUGAAACGAGCCCUCCAAGAGUCUGCUACUGGGCAACCUGAGCCAACCAGCAGCCCAGACAACAAACCUUUCAAGUGUAACACCUGCAAUGUGGCCUACAGCCAGAGCUCAACCCUGGAGAUCCACAUGAGAUCUGUCCUGCACCAGACCAAGGCUCGUGCGGCCAAGCUGGAGGCAGCAGGCAGCAGCAGCAAUGGGGCUGGCAACGGCAGCAGCAGCGGCCUCUCCUUGGGUUCGUCCACACCGAGCCCCGUGAGUGCCAGCAACAGCAAUGCUUUUGCAACCACCAGCACGAACACUUCAGGCACCACUCCCAUUCCCAGCCUGCUCAACCAGGUGUCCAGCGACAGCGUGGGAAUUCCUCCGUUGGGUAACCCUGUAAGCACUAACAUCUCCUCCCCUUCGGAACCCAAAGAGGUGAACCGCAAAAAACUGGCAGACAUGAUUGCAUCCAGGCAGCAACAGCAGCAGCAGCAGCAGCAGCAACAGCAGCAACAAGCCCAAACCUUGGCACAGGCACAGGCACAGGUCCAGGCCCACCUGCAGCAGGAGCUGCAGCAACAAGCUGCUCUCCUGCAGUCCCAGCUCUUCAACCCAGCACUUUUACCGCACUUUCCGAUGACCACCGAGACCCUUCUGCAGCUGCAGCAGCAGCAGCAUCUUCUGUUCCCAUUCUACAUCCCCAGUGCCGAGUUCCAGCUCAAUCCAGAAGUUAGCUUGCCUGUCACCAGCGGUGCACUGACAUUGACUGGGACGGGUCCAACUUUGCUGGAGGACCUGAAGGCACAAGUUCAGCUCCCUCAGCAGAGCCAUCCACAGCUCCUGCAGCAGCAGCAAGGUCAGCUGUCAUUAUCACAACCCCACUCCGUCCUGUUACAGCAGAGCCAGCACCCAGAGAAGAAGAAUAAAUCCAUAGUGAAGGAGAAAGAUAAAGAAACCCCACGGGAAAGGGAAAGCACAGAGAGGGGAGACAAUAAUGUAACAUUGAAGGAGUCUCUGCCUGAUAACUUAAAGCUCAAAGAGAAGAAGGACUUUGUGCCAGGCAGCAGUUCAGAGCCCUCCAUCCUGCCCCCACGGAUCGCCUCUGAUGCAAGGGGCAACGCCACCAAAGCCUUGCUGGAAAACUUUGGCUUUGAGCUUGUCAUUCAGUACAACGAGAACAAGCAGAAAGUGCAGAAGAAAAACGGGAAAACAGACCAAGGUGAGAACUUGGAAAAGCUGGAGUGCGAUACGUGUGGCAAGUUGUUCUCAAACAUCCUCAUCCUGAAGAGCCACCAAGAGCACGUUCACCAACAUUACUUUCCCUUUAAGCAGUUGGAGAAAUUUGCCAAACAGUACAGAGAACACUACGACAAACUGUACCCACUGCGGCCUCAGACCCCCGAGCCACCACCCCCGCCUCCACCACCACCCCCUCCGCUCCCUCCAGCUCCUCCUCAGCCAGCUGCUGCUCCUGCCAUCCCUACUUCUGCCCCACCAAUUACUUCUCCCACGAUUGCACCAGCCCAGCCAUCUGUGCCACUCACCCAGCUCUCCAUGCCCAUGGAGCUCCCCAUCUUCUCACCACUCAUGAUGCAAACCAUGCCCCUGCAGACGUUACCCGCGCAGCUGCCACCCCAGCUGGGCCCUGUAGAUCCCCUGCCCGCCGACUUGGCCCAGUUGUACCAGCAUCAGCUGAACCCCAGCCUUCUCCAGCAGCAGCAGAACAAGAGGCCACGGACACGGAUCACUGAUGACCAGCUCAGAGUCCUUCGGCAGUAUUUUGACAUUAACAAUUCCCCAAGUGAGGAACAGAUCAAAGAGAUGGCAGACAAAUCCGGAUUGCCCCAGAAAGUGAUCAAGCACUGGUUCAGAAACACCCUGUUCAAGGAGCGCCAGCGUAACAAGGACUCCCCAUACAACUUCAGCAACCCUCCCAUUACUAGCCUGGAAGAGCUAAAGAUAGACUCACGGCCUCCUUCUCCAGAGCCUCAAAAGCAGGAGUACUGGGGAAGCAAGCGGUCCUCUCGGACACGCUUUACUGACUACCAGCUCAGAGUCCUGCAGGACUUCUUUGAUGCCAAUGCUUACCCAAAGGACGAUGAAUUUGAGCAGCUUUCUAACUUGCUGAACCUCCCAACGCGUGUUAUAGUGGUGUGGUUCCAGAAUGCCCGUCAGAAAGCUAGGAAAAACUAUGAAAAUCAGGGAGAAGGCAAAGAUGGGGAGCGACGCGAGCUCACAAACGACAGGUACAUUAGAACAAGCAACUUGAACUACCAGUGCAAAAAAUGCAGUCUGGUCUUUCAGCGCAUUUUUGAUCUCAUUAAACACCAGAAAAAGCUUUGUUACAAAGAUGAGGAUGAGGAUGGACAGGAUGAUAGCCAGAACGAAGACUCUAUGGAUGCAAUGGAGCUCUUGACUCCAACCAGUUCCUCCUGCAGCACACCAAUGCCCUCACAAGCUUACAGCACACCUACAUCUUCAGCCAACACAACCUCCUCAGCUUUUCUGCAGCUCACAGCAGAGGCAGACGAUUCCUCCACCUUUAGUUCUAAAGUAGAACCUACAGAUGAGAAACCAAAGCAGUCUGAACCUCCAAGUACACAGCAAAACCAAACCCAAGAGAAGCAAGUGCAACCAAAGCAAGAGUCUCAGCAGCAACAGGACCAAGGAGAACAAAAGACAAGUUCAGCACACCAAAAGAUUUCACAGUUAUCCUCCCCCUCCUCACUGCAGCAGCCACCUCCUCCCCCUCAGCCCCCUCAAUGCUCCUUGUCACAGUCAAGCCCCAGUCCAUCUCAGCUCUCACACCUCUCCCUCAAACCCAUUCACACCUCCACCCCUCAGCAGCUGGCAAACCUACCUCCUCAACUAAUCCCGUACCAGUGUGACCAGUGUAAGCUGGCAUUUCCUUCCUUCGAGCAUUGGCAGGAGCAUCAGCAGCUCCAUUUCCUGAGUGCACAGAACCAGUUUAUCCACCCCCCAUUCCUGGACAGAACGCUGGAUAUGCCGUUCAUGCUUUUUGAUCCCAGUAAUCCACUACUGGCGAGCCAGCUGCUGUCUGGAACGUUACCACAGAUUCCAGCAAGCUCGGCCACCUCACCGUCAACUCCAACAUCCACCAUGAACACGCUGAAGAGAAAGCUGGAGGAAAAGGCCAGCGCAAGCCCUGGAGAGAAUGACAGUGGGACUGGGGGAGAAGAACCCCAAAGGGAUAAACGUCUAAGGACAACCAUUACCCCCGAGCAGCUAGAAAUUCUGUACCAGAAAUAUUUGCUCGACUCCAACCCCACACGGAAGAUGCUGGAUCACAUUGCACAUGAAGUGGGCUUGAAGAAGCGGGUGGUGCAGGUUUGGUUCCAGAACACCCGUGCACGGGAGAGGAAAGGGCAGUUCAGAGCUGUGGGGCCGGCCCAAGCCCACAGAAGGUGUCCCUUCUGCCGAGCUCUCUUUAAAGCAAAGACAGCUCUGGAAGCUCAUAUCCGAUCCCGGCACUGGCAUGAAGCCAAGCGAGCUGGGUACAACCUGACACUGUCUGCUAUGCUUCUGGACUGCGAUGGGGGACUUCAGAUGAAGGGAGACAUCUUUGAUGGAGCCAGCUUUUCCCACAUGCCACCAACUAGCAGUGACGGACAGAGUGUUCCCCUCUCCCCGGUGAACAAGAGCAUGGAACUGUCGCCUCGAACUCUGCUGAGUCCAUCCUCCAUUAAGGUGGAAGGGAUUGAAGACUUCGAGAGUCCAUCCAUGUCCUCAGUCAAUCUGAGCUUUGACCAGACAAAGCUGGACAAUGAUGACUGCUCUUCUGUCAACACCGCGAUCACGGACACCACCACAGGAGACGAAGGCAACGCAGACAACGAUAGCGCAACAGGGAUUGCAACAGAAACCAAAUCCACAUCGGGACCCAGUGAAGGUCUGACAAAAGCUGCCAUGAUAGCAAUGUCUGAAUACGAAGAUCGUCUGUCUUCUGGCCUGGUCAGCCCAGCUCCCAGCUUUUACAGCAAAGAGUACGACAAUGAAGGUACCGUGGACUACAGUGAAACCUCCAGCCUUGCAGACCCCUGCUCACCCAGCCCUGGCGCAAGUGGUUCAGCCAGCAAGUCUGGCGAGAGCGGGGACCGGCCCGGACAAAAACGCUUUCGCACUCAGAUGACUAAUCUCCAGCUCAAGGUUCUUAAGUCAUGCUUUAAUGACUACAGGACACCAACCAUGCUGGAGUGUGAGGUCCUGGGCAAUGACAUUGGACUGCCAAAGAGAGUUGUUCAGGUCUGGUUCCAGAAUGCAAGGGCAAAGGAGAAGAAGUCAAAACUCAGCAUGGCCAAGCAUUUUGGUAUAAACCAAACAAGUUACGAGGGACCCAAAACAGAGUGCACUUUGUGUGGCAUCAAGUACAGCGCUCGGCUGUCUGUACGUGACCAUAUCUUCUCUCAACAGCAUAUCUCCAAAGUUAAAGAAACCAUUGGAAGCCAGUUGGAUAAGGAAAAGGAGUAUUUCGACCCAGCUACUGUACGUCAGUUGAUGGCUCAGCAGGAGCUGGACCGGAUCAAAAAAGCCAAUGAGGUUCUUGGUCUGGCAGCUCAACAGCAGGGCAUGUUUGACAACACCCCCCUGCAAGCUCUGAACCUUCCUGCUGCGUACCCAGCGCUCCAGGGCAUCCCUCCAGUCUUACUCCCAGGCCUCAACAGCCCAUCCUUACCCAGCUUCACUCCAUCCAACACAGCUUUAACUUCUCCCAAACCCAACCUGAUGGGCCUGCCCAGCACAAGCGUCCCUUCACCUGGCCUCCCCACCUCUGGAUUACCAAAUAAGCAGCCCCCGGCUGCGCUGAGCUCGCCCACCCCGGCACAAGCCACAGCAGCCGUGGCCCCACAGCAACCUCCGGCGACGACCCCACAGCCACAGCCGCAGCAGCCGCCCCCACCGCAGCGCAAGGAGAAGGAGAGCGAGAAGGCAAAAGAGAAGGAGAAGGCACCCAAGGGGAAGGGGGACCCCCUGCCAGGGCCCAAGAAGGAGAAGGGGGAGGCGCCGGCGGGCGCCCUCGCGGCCCCACUGCCUGCCAUGGAGUACGCGGUGGAACCCACCCAGCUCCAGGCGCUGCAGGCCGCCCUGAAUUCAGACCCCACCACCUUGCUGACGAGCCAGUUCCUUCCCUACUUCGUCCCCGGCUUUUCCCCCUACUACGCCCCGCAGAUCCCUGGCGCCCUGCAGAGCGGGUACCUGCAGCCCAUGUACGGGAUGGAGGGGCUGUUCCCCUACAGCCCCGCGCUGUCGCAGGCGCUGCUGGGGCUGUCGCCCGGCUCGCUGCUGCAGCAGUACCAGCAAUACCAGCAGAGUCUGCAGGAGGCAUUGCAGCAGCAGCAGCGGCAGCAGCAGCAGCAGCAACAGCAGAAAGCGCAGCAGCCCAAAGGAAGCCAAACCCCCGUCCCCACGGGGGCUGCCACCCCGGACAAAGACCCUGCCAAAGAACCCCCCAAGCAAGAGGAGCAGAAGAAUGCACCCCGCGAGGUGUCCCCCCUCCUGCCCAAACCCCAAGAAGAGCCCGAAGCAGAAGGCAAGGGCGCGGACUCCCUCUGCGACCCUUUCAUCGUCCCGAAGGUGCAGUACAAGCUGGUCUGCCGCAAGUGCCAGGCGUGCUUUGGCGACCAGGAGGCGGCCAGCGACCACCUGAAGUCCCUCUGCUUCUUCGGCCAGUCCGUGGCGAACCUGCAUGAGAUGGUGCUUCACGUGCCCACCGGCAGCGGCCAGGGCAGCGGCUCGUACCAGUGCGUGGCGUGCGAGAGCACGGUGUGUGGGGACGAAGCCCUCAGUCAGCAUCUCGAGUCAGCCCCGCACAAACACCGAACAAUCACAAGAGCAGCAAGAAACGCCAAAGAGCACCCCAGUCUAUUACCUCACUCUGCCUGCCCCCCCGACCCCAGCACCGCAUCUACCUCGCAGUCGGCCGCUCACUCAAACGACAGCCCCCCGCCCCCCCGGCCCCCCCCGGCUUCCCCCCACGCCUCCAGAAAGCCCUGGCCCCCGGCAGCCUCCCGCGCCCCGCCGGGGAAGCCGCCACCACCGCCUUUCCCUCCUCUCUCCUCAUCUUCAACGGUUACCUCAAGUUCAUGCAGCACCUCAGGGGUUCAGCCCUCGAUGCCAACAGACGACUAUUCGGAGGAGUCUGACACGGAUCUUAGCCAAAAGUCAGAUGGACCGGCGAGCCCGGCGGAGGGGCCCCGGGACCCCGGCUGCCCUAAGGACAGUGGUCUAGCUAGCGUAGGAAUGGACACCUUCAGAUUGUAAGCUUUGAAGAUGAACAAUGAAAAUGAAUUUAAAUAAAAAAGUUAAUAACAAACCAAUUUCAAAAAUAGACUAACUGCAAUUCCAAAGCUUCUAACCAAAAAAAAAAAAGAAAAAAGAAAAAAAGAAAAAACGUGGGUUGUUUUCCCAUAUAACGAUGCCGGUGGGUUUUACAUUUCUUUUUUCCUUUCCUUUUAAUAAAAUAAAACUUUGAAAAAGAAAAAAAAAAAAUCUGUUACAUUUGUCCUCUCGAAGGUACUGUUGGUCUGGGAGACGAAGGCCCGUGCUGCCUCCUCGCGCCUGCGGAGCUCGCGCCCCUGUACAUUGCCCCUGUCCGAUCCCCCGUCAAUAGCACAGCAGAGCCCGGCAGCGCUGUAUGGGAAAGCAGCCCACCUGGAGACAGUUUUAAAUUUCUUGCUAUCUUAGCAUUCAGAUACCAAUGGCUUGCUAAAAGAAAAAAGAAAUGUAAUGUCUUUUUAUUCUCAGGUCAAUCGCUCACACUUUGUUCUGUUUUCAGAAUCAUUGUUUUAUAUAUAUAUAUAUAUAUAUAUAAAAUUUCUUUCAUUUGUUUUGGGGUUUUUGUUUUGUUUUGUUUUUGUUCCAGAAAAGGAUUUUUUUUUCUUUUUUUUUUUUUUUGUUAAUUUAAAAUGGGCAGAAAGUAUUCAAGAGAAAAACAAUGUGAACUGCUUUAGCUUUUCGGGGAUUUUAAGGGUAGCUUUUCUGCUGAAGCCAAUUCCAAGGGGAAAAGUUAAGCACUCCCACUUUUCAGAAAAAAAAAAACCCACACAGAGAGUGUUGAGGACUCGGAGCUUAAAAAAAAAAAGUUUUAAAACAACUGACUUUCUGUAUUUAUGAUAGAUAUGACCAUUUUUGGUGUUGAGUAGAUUGUUGCAUUGGAAAUGAACUGAAGCAGUAUGGUAGAUUUAAAAGAAAAAACCCUUUUGUGUACAUUUAGCUUUUGUAUGGUCCAGCUGACGGCUUCUCAUUUGAUGUUGUCUUGUUCAUUCCUAGCCAGAUAGAUUGCGAUCCAUCGACUCGCCUGAGCUUUUCUCCCCUUUGUACCUUUAUCCCCAUCCCCAUCCUGUAAUCUUCCACUUAUGGUCGCUACCUUCAUUUCUUAGAGGGUGGUUGCAUAAUUAUUUUAUAAAAACUAAAGAAAGAAGUUCAAAGGGUUUUGGGGGUCAGUAGGAUCCCUUGCAGAAUAUUUUUUGUUGGGGGUUUGAAACUUUUUAAGGCGUAUACAUACGAUUUACCUAUGUCUGUUACCCUUGUGCACUUAUUUUGUUCUUAUUUUCCAUUUCUCUUUUUUUUUUUCUCUUCCCCUCUUCCUUUCCUCAUUUUGUAAAUGCUUCAAAGACUCUGUUCCUGACCUCUGAGCAUCGGUUCUGUUUGUGUAAUUAGGCUGCACUCUGUUCCUUCUUUUGAAAAAAAAAAAAAGGUUUUGUUACAUUUUUUUUCUCUAAAGAAAAUUCAUGCUUUAAAUAAAAAUCCAAAGACAUACCCUUCACCACUGGUGCAGAAUGAGCAAAAAGGAUUCUUUUUACUUGAGAAUUUGUUUCUGAUUUAAACAAACAAGUCUAAGUUUAAAUAAAGAAUAAAAAAAGUACCCAGGUUGUUAUCUGUGCUUCUUCUGCAAGCAGAGAGACAACUCUUAGUGAGCACCCAGCGCACCCCUGGCAGGUUUCUCUUUCCAAGUUCUCUCCAUGGCAGCAGCGGGUGCCGGGCUCAGGGAUGCCCAGAGCCCCCCGGCCUCCUCCGGGCACCCGGGCACACCUCGGCCCAGACUUUGAAAGGAAAACUUUGUGCUGCUAAAAUGUAGAUUUUGGAGAUGUAGAUGCUUUGCUGUUCCCUUCCGUAACCAAAUGCCAACAGAAAAAACCUCCUUCUCCCCCCGUUUCCUCUGCCCUCAAAAGCGCGAAAGCCUUCUCCCACCAUCGUCAUCCUCCUCCUGCUUCAAAAGGGAACUUGGAAGACUGUGAAUGCAGGUUCCUCCCACCGCCUCCAGCCGCUCCUCCCCGGGCCGAAGCCACUCUCUGCCUCCACCAGAGAUUGGAGCAUCCGAGAGACGAGCGCGGGUUUCUAGCGGGACACAUAUUUUUAUGGAAUUUUGGUUUUAGUUCGAUGAAAGACUAGAUCCUGAACAGUUGUACAUAUUUCUAGGGUAAUGCACAUAUUCCUUUUUUAAUUGUUUUUUAAGUAGUCGAUACUAAAGCGCGAACCACCGGAUGUUCCUCCCAGGACCCAGCUGUAGCACAAGGUGUCAAAACCGGAACCACGUACCCACGGAGCAUUUGCUGUUUUAACAAACUGUUUUCUUUAACAGAAGUUCUUGUAUUUCUCCCCGUGUUUGAGAUGAACAUUUUUUAAAUUCUAAAGUUGUACAGUUUUUUGUUUUCCAUUAUUUUAUCUUGUUUGUAAUUCUAUGAAAUAUAUAUAUAUAUAUUUUUUGCCAUUUAACUGUUGUAUGUUACUCUGUCUGUAUCAUAUAGAAAUUUUUUUGUUUGUUUUGUUUUGGAUUCUCUCUGUGAUGCCAGUUCCCAGUUUAACACGAGCUUUAUCUGUCCAAUUCCGCAAGGUCUCUUUUGGAAAUCCUUUUGUUUUGUCUUGUUUCGGUUUUUUAAUUAUAUUGCUUGGUCAUAGUGCAAUUUCUCUCUCCUCCUUCCCACCCACUAAAAAGUUUUAUAAAUUCAUUUUCUUGUAUUUUUUCUAAAUGUUUCUAGAGACUUUUCAGUGCGAGGUUGCCUCCUCCCCUUGCCUGGGGCCAAUGAGGGGACCCCGUGGCCCCGCUGGGAUCCCCAGCCCUGCCAGCGCCGGCCUCGUGCUCGCAGAGCCCCAACACCCGCCCCGGGGAGCUGCGGGAGCGACGUCAGCACGCGGGAACCCCUGCGUGACCCCCAGCCCACGCGUGGCCUUCCCAGCGAGCAACAGAGAGGGGCCGGGCUGGGCAUGAGGAAAACACUUCAAACUUAGCAUUGAGCGGGUUUCUUUUUUAUUUUUAAUAAAAAGCUUUUUUAAGUGGUGAAGAUGGCCAAAGUUUCAUACAAUUGAGAAUAAAGAGAGGCGUCAGGGGUGUGUGGGGCCGCCCGGGGCUGGCAGGGGACAAGGGGGGCGGACACAGCCGGCACGCUCGCUGAAAUAUAUUUUGCUUUAAGAAAAAAUUAAACUUUUAAAUGGAAGCAGAAAUUGGGGUUGGUUGGUUGGUUGGUUGGUUGGUCGGUUGGUUGGUUGGUUGGUCGGUCAGUUGGUCGGCACUGAUACUGCCCACUGUGAAACAAAGCUUUGACUAUUUUUUCGUUUUUAUUUGGGGGGGCAAGUUUGGGUAGAACAGAAAGCAUAAAUGAGGUGAAGAGGGUUAUGAACAGCCUUUGCAAUGUACAAAAACUAGAGCAAGUGAAACCAAAAAUGAUGUUCUUGGUGUUUUUCUAUACUGUAGUCUUGUUAGCUUUUUUGUUACUGUAACAAUGCUGAUCUCGAACUGUACCAAAAUACAUGAGACUGACAGAAACAAACCACAUGGAACUUUCAAAACUUUAAAAAACUGUCACAAAAGACUUUGUUGUCAUAGUUGAGUUGACUGUAGAUGGUAAUUGAAUAUACUCCUUUGGAACUAUUUCAUCA